GCUCUGGUGUAUGGCUCAGGGCUGGGAGCUUCUCUCGGUCUCUCUCUCUCCCCGGGUUUCCUGUGAGCAGCGGCGGAACUUCCCGGGCUAGAAGGGAGCUGCGGAAGCCGGAGAAACCCCUCCGCAAAGCCCGGGUGGGGAGUCUCCCUGCAGGGGAUUGAGACGGGAGAGACACUGGAAGGGGCAGCGGGAGCAAGCAGUGGGGAGGGAGGUUCCCAGCUCCCAGCCCUGCCCGGAUCCCAGCGUCCCUGGGCAGACUGACUCUCCUGGGCCCAAGGCUGCAGGAGAACGUCUGUGUUUUGCUCCAGGUUGUUCCAUUCUCCCAGAGGGCAGGAAAAGGGAAUGGCUGCAGCAAAGGCAGUGACCUUCGAGGAGGUAGCUGUGUAUUUCACCGCGGAAGAGUGGGCUCUGCUGGACCCCGCUCAGAGAGCCCUCUACAGGGACGUCAUGCGGGAGAAUUAUGAGAAUGUGACCUGGCUGGGAUUUCCCAGCCCUAAACCUGACCUGAUCUCCCACAUGGAGCGAGGGGAACAGCUGUGGAUGCACCAAGCAGCAGGUGAUGGGUCGGCCAGUGAGAAUGAGGAGGAGAAUCCCCAGCAGAGAGGCCCUGAGUUGGCAGAACCACACGGGAUGUUCUCAGGAAGGUCCCAGGGGAACGUUUGCCAGGGCGAGGCUAGCGAGCGUCAGGGCAGGUCGGAGGAGCAGUGGGGAAACCUGCCCAGGGAGAGAGAGGGUAAAUCCUCUCCUGAANAGGGAUGUUUCAAGAAACUCAAACAGCUCCUGGACCUUAAGGGGAAGCAGAACAGAGGGACGGGAAAUGCAGGCGCUGAAUGUGGGCAGGGCUCACGGGAGAUGCUCUGUGCGGGAACCCCCCGAGAAGACGCAUGCCACAGAUGUGGGGGAAGCCUCCAGCAGAGCUCGGUGCCUCCAGAACAUCCGAGCAGGACCGCCCAUCGAUGUCUCCACUGUGGGAAAAGCUUCCGCUGGAGAUCACAUCUUCUGAGACAUCAGACGGUGCACAAGGGUGGGAAAAGCUCCAGCCCCAGCGCAGCCCGCGCCAUCCAGCAGAGAAUCCUCUCGGGGCAGAAACCCUGCCAGUGCCCCAACUGCGGGAGACGCUUUGAUCGGAGGUCGACCCUCAUGGCACAUCAGAGGCUCCACACGGGAGAGAGACCCUACAAAUGCCCCGAAUGCGGGAAAGGCUUCAUGCAGCAGUCACAUCUGACGCGGCACCGGGGGAUCCACUCUGGGGUCAAGCCCUGUGUCUGUGCUGACUACGGGAAGAGCUUCGUCAAGACCUGGAACCUGACCAAACACCAGCACUGCCACUCGGGGCAGAGACCCCGUCAAAGUGUUGAGGGUAGGGAAAGCGUCAGUCUGCGCUCACACCUGUCUCACCAGGAGGGAGCUGACGGCACGGCCCUGCUAGAGCACGUCACAGCAGAGAGACCCUACCGCUGCCUCGAUUGCGGCAGGAUGUUUAGCCAGAGCACGGACCUGCUGGUCCACCAGAGUAACCACAUGGGUGAGCAACCCUACAAGUGUCCGGACUGCGGGAAGGGCUUCUGUGUACGCUUCAACCUGAUGGUGCACCAGAGAGUCCACACGGACGAGCGACCCUACCUGUGUCCCGACUGCGGGAAGGGCUUCAGCCGGCGCUCCAGCCUCACGGCUCACCGGAGAGUCCACACGGGCGAGCGUCCCUACCCGUGUCCUGACUGCGGGAAGGGCUUCAGCCGGCGCUCCAGCCUCACGGCUCACCGGAGAGUCCACACGGGCGAGCGUCCCUACCCGUGUCCCGACUGCGGGAAGGGCUUCACAACCAAAACGGCCCUGAGCACUCACCACCGGAGCCACACGGGCGAGAGACCCUACAAAUGCGCCGAGUGUGGGAAGAGUUUCAGCCAGAAGGCGCAUCUGGUGCAGCAUGAGAGGACCCACCUGCAAGGCAGACCCUACAAAUGCGCUGAGUGUGGGAAAAACUUCAGCCAGAAUGCCUACCUGGCCAAGCACAGCCGGAUCCACUGCGGGGAACGGCCCUGCGUCUGUAUGUACUGCGGGAAGGACUUCGGCGACACCUCCGCCCUGCUCCAACACCAGCGCACGCACACGGGGGAGAGGCCCUACCAGUGCACCGAGUGCGGGAAAAGCUUCAGACGGCGGGCGCACCUGAUUCAGCACCAGAGGACGCACUCUGGGGAAAAGCCCUACAUCUGUGCUGACUGCGGGAGACGAUUCACGGAGAGCUCCACCUUGAUCAAGCACCGGCGGAUCCACACCGGGGAGAGACCCUACAAAUGCGAGGCGUGUGGGAAAAGCUUCCGCCAGCACUCCAACCUGGCCCAGCAUGCCUGGGUCCACUCCGGAGAGAGACCCAGCCUAGACCACGGGGGCAGCCUUAUGGACGGCAUGGCCCCGCCGGAGCGCCACGCAGCAGAGAGACCCUACCGCUGCCUUGACUGUGGAAGGACUUUCAGCCGGAGCACGGACCUGCUGGCCCACCAGAGUAACCACACGGGUGAGCAGCCUUACAAGUGCCCGGUCUGCGGGAAGGGCUUCUGUGUACGCUUCAACCUGAUGGUGCACCGGAGAGUCCACACGGGCGAGCGACCCUACACAUGCCCCGACUGCGGGAAGGGCUUCAGCCAGAACUCCAGCCUCACGGCUCACCAGAGAGUCCACACGGGCGAGCGACCCUACCCAUGUCCUGACUGCGGGAAGCGCUUCAGCCGGAGCUCCCACCUCAAAUCGCACCGGAGAGUCCACACGGGCGAGCGACCCUACCCGUGUCCCGACUGCGGGAAGGGCUUCAGCCGGAGGUCCAAUCUCACAGCUCACCAGAGAGUCCACACUGGGCCAGCUGAUAGCCAGAAGGGAUCAUCUAACCUGACCUGCAUAGCACAGGGCAGAGAAUUCCACAUAGGAAUUGUUUUUUUUUCACCCUCUUCCUCCCCUGGUUGGGGGGGGGGGAACGUCUUAUGUGUGGAUUUUCUCCAUAAACCAGGGAUGGCAACAAGUGCGAAUGAGAAGGCAAAUCUACCGUGGGGAAGCCCUGAGUCCGCAGAAGCCGAGAAAGCAGAGGGGCACAUUUGCCCAAGAGAAGCCAGUGAGAGUCAGGGUGGGUGGGAGAAAGAGGAGGAAGGAAAUCUUCCAGGGGGGAGAGAGGAUAAAUCUUUUCCCCAAGGAGGAGACGUAAGGCAACUCUGGGUGCAGCAGAGAGAAGGGGAAGGUGAUGGGUCCAGGGAAGGAUUCAUGGAGAGUGCCCAACCUGAUGCUCAGUGGAGCACCCACAAGGGAGAGAAAUGCCACCAGUGCCCUGACUGUGGGAAAAGCUUCAACCGCAGCUCGACCCUUAGUGCCCACCUGAGGAUCCACACCGGGGAGCGUCCCUACAUAUGCCCGGACUGUGGGAGAGGCUUCACGCAACUGGCUCACCUGACCCAGCAUCGGGGGACACACUCGGGAGAGGAACCCUAUCGCUGCGCCGACUGUGGGAAGGGCUUUGGGGUCAGCUCCCGCCUGGUGGCGCAUCAGAGGAGCCACACGGGCGAGCGCCCCUACAAAUGUCCCGAAUGCGGGAAGAGCUUCCGGGUCAGCUCAGUCCUGGUGGUGCAUCAGCGGAUCCACUCAGGCGAGAGACCCUAUAAAUGCACUGAUUGCGGGAAGAGCUUUAAUGUCAGCUCCAACCUCAUUAAACAUCGGAGGAUCCACACAGGGCAGAAGCCCUACAAAUGCACCGAGUGCGAGAGGAGCUUCAAUGAGAGCUCAGCCCUGAUUGCCCACCAGCGGCUGCACAAAGGGGAGCGACCCUACAAAUGCCCUGACUGCGGGAAGAGCUUCAACGUCAGCUCCAACCUCCUGGAGCAUCAGGGCACCCACAGGGGCCAGAAACCCUACAAAUGCCCCGAGUGUGGGAAAGGAUUUGCCCGCAGCGCCCACCUCUCACAGCACAGCCGGACUCACACGGGUGAGCGACCCUACAAAUGCGCCGAGUGUGGGAAAGGAUUUGCUGUGAGGUCCCAUCUGGCCCAGCACUGCCGGGUCCAUACUGGGGAGAGACCCUACAAGUGUGCUGACUGCGGGAAGGGCUUCACGGCCCGUUCGUCCCUGACCACCCAUUGCCGGACUCAUACAGGAGAGCGACCCUAUAAAUGCCCCGAGUGUGGGAAAAGCUUCAAUCAGAACUCACACCUGGCUCAGCACUGGAGAACCCACUCGGGAGAACGACCCUAUCACUGCCCUGACUGCGGGAGAAGCUUUGGGGACAGCUCUGCCCUCAUUAAACAUCAGAGAAUCCACCUGCAAAAGAAACCUUGUUAACGCCACCCCGCAGUUACUGGAAGAGCUUUGCUUGGAACUCAGCGCUUAUUACUAGAAUGGGGCAGGUAAGGGCUUUUUCAGGGAGGUGGGAAUUCAAAAAGAAAGAAAAUAAAUCAUGUUGAGUUGACCCUAAAACAAAAAUGUUCCAACAUUUGGGGGGGAUGGAAAAGUUGAAAAUAAAACUCAUUUCAAGUUGAACUCUUGUGCUACAUGAAACAUUUCAUUAGGAUUUUGAGUGGCUUUACCAUCUCUUAAAAUUAAACUGAAACAUUUCAAACCCAAAAA